GCAUUCCUUGAGAGCUGAACAUGAUGUUUGGGUUUGGCCCUAUCAUAUUUAGGGCCUCACGUUUUCCUAGUAUUACGGUAACAGCGGGCAUUCCUUAUCACGUGAUCAGCGAGAGCAUCUUUUAGGUCCAUUUUGGAUGAUAGCGAGAGCUCUUGUAGCUAGCUACGACACCCGAAAAUGACUAAAUUGCAGUUUUUAAAUGUAUUUUUGACCGAGCGGCUUAUGCUCGCUGCCCAGGAGAUCUAUAAAUCUGUCGAAGACACGAUUUUGGAAUACCAAGAGGAGAUUGCGCUCAGGGAGAGGGAGAACGACCAUCUGAGACGUAGGCUUCGAGACGCUGGGAUUGAAAUAUGGCCAGACCGUCAGUCCAUGGCACUAUUGGAGGAGGAGGAUGGCGAGCAUCCCCGCCGGGAAUGGAGCCCCAGUAUGGGCCAUGAGGAGCGCAUCCCCAUCCUGGUCAAGGAGAAACGGGAGCUCAGGUACAGCCAGGGGGACGAACAGCUUCGCGGCCACGGCUCCUGCAGCACCCCAGAGUCCAUGUUCACCCCUCCCCGCGUCAGCAACGAAUACCCCCAGGACCCUCCCCAGUCCUCCAACCUGCCCCAGAACCCAUCGGUGGAGAACAGAGAGAGGGAGCCUGGUCCCAGAAGCUCAUCCAGACACGUCAAAUCAGAAGGGUCCCACAGAGGCUCAUCGUCGUCUUCAUCCAACAGCGGCCCGCAGCCCCUGGCCACGGUCAACCCCAACUGCUCCAACGAGAACAUUGACAUCAUCGGGGUGGAGAACGGAGGGCAGAUGUCGGCGUCUAAAGGACGAGCCGGCGGGAGCAGAGGUCAGGGCUCCCACUUAGGCAACCAGGGCGCUAAUUCCACCGCGGCCGCAGAGUGUGGAAAAUCUCCUCUCCAGGUGCACGUGUCGUCGUUCUGCUGCAGGGUGUGCGGGGAGACGUUCAGCCACGUCGGUCACCUGCAUGUCCACGUCCAGGUGCACACCCGGGAGAAGCCGUAUCGCUGCGGGGUGUGUGGAAAGUGCUGCAGCUCCUCCGGCAGGCUCCAGGAGCAUGCCAGGAGUCACACUGGAGAGAAGCCGUACCGCUGCCAGAGCUGUGGAAAAGGAUUUACCCAGAUGGCCCAUCUGAAGGUCCACAUGCGUAUCCACACAGGAGAGAAACCCUACAGCUGCCCCGUGUGUGGCAAGUGUUUCAGCCGCUCYGACAAAAUCAAACGUCACCUCCAGACCCACAGCCGCGAGGGCACCUACUUCUCGGGGCAGUGAGAUGAGGGAGACGCCACCGCUGGUGGUUGUUGUUAAUGAAAGACGGAGUCUCGGUAUAUGAAUUGCUGAUUAUGGGACAUUUUUAAAAAGCUAAAAUUGCUGCCACUAAGACGAGGCUUUUUUUCUCUCUCUCUCUCUGAGCUAUUCUGUGACUUUCUUAGAAUGUUUUAUCUCUCCUAAGUAACAGUUCUCUCCAUGCCAUAGUCUGUCUCUCAUGCAAUAGGAUUUGUAUUGCAGUAUAGUCAAUUUAGUAUGUGUCCAUUUUUUUUCUUUUUGUACUUGAGUUAUUAGCUAGUAUUUCCUAAUUAUUUAGUAUUUUAGUAAUAAGCUUGAUAGCAUGAUGAUAAUGAAGUCUUCCGCUAUGCGCCUUGAACGGAGUGCAUUCAGGAUUGCAACAAUGCAGCGUUCCAAAACGUGGUCUUGCCCCAGACGAUUUGCACAGGGCCAAUUUACAMCAAUUUCAAGUUUCUAAAAGCAAUGGUUGUUUUUAGAAUUUUAUUUMUUUUUGAUAAAGUAUAUCACAGCUUCUUCUGACACCCUGAAAUCKGAUUUCCUGAAUCACCUGACUGAAAUUCGUAAGCUGUUUUUGUGUUUUUUUAUGAACACUGGCUAACCGUAUGGGCAUUGUUUAUAAACAGUUGUCCAUUCUUUGAGUUUCCAAAUAUGGAUAUAAAGUAGACAUAUUAGCCAUUGUUAGUUCGGGUGAGGUCAGGGGUGGGCAUUACGGUUAGCAAUAGAAUACAGCAGGCAGGGCUAUGUUUCUGUACGGUUAGCCACCUAAAGCCUCCCUGAUAUACCCAAUGUUAAAGAAGCAUUGCCUCUCCCUCARUCACACCAACAGCGUCAUUGCAUUUUGGUACACCAGAAGUAUUCUGAACAAAAAUAUAAACUCAACAAUUUCAACUAUUUUACU